GUAAAAUUUUUGUGAUUGGUAGUUGGAAAGAACAAUGAAAAAAAAAUGUGUUUUACAACCAAUCACUGAACAGUAUAUCACAAUUUUGACACAAGUUACUCCACCAUAGCUGAACCAUAGUGAGCGAGCCAUCUCGUUUCUUUAGAUGACACCAAAAUUGACACAAAAUUUGUCAAAAUACCGUAUAAACAUAAUUGCAUCUAUCUCCAUUGUUUCUUUUAUGUUUUCUUCCGCCUCCCCUGGGUUUGUUUUGUCCACUGUUUGGCAAAUUACUCGUGCAAAAACGUACUAAGUUGUUGAUCACACAUCGUCAGCUCAGUGUCAUAGGAACUGUACAGGCGCACUUAAAGGAACAAUAGUCGACAAACUGCACCUGUGUAAAUAGAAGCUUAGCAAUACUAAAGAAUCUCGUAUGAUGAGAACGUCAUAGUAGUCGAUUGUGAAGUGUAGCGCGUGAAGUUGUAUCCUCAAUGUUAUAAUUGAUGGUAAGAUGAGUGAGGAGGUGCAGAAUGAGGGGAGCAGGCACAGCGCGUCGCUGGGCGAGCCCGGCGCGCCCGCCGCCGAGUGCGCCGCGCUCGACGCCUCCACCGCCGUCUCACAGACCACCAUCACCCAGAUGACGGCGAGCUCCGCGCCGGCCGCCGAGGGCGCCAAGUGGUGCUGCGACGUGUGCACCUACGAGAACUUCCCGCUCUCACGCAAGUGCACCAUGUGCCGCAGCCCUAAGUCCGCGCUCAACGAGGACAUCUUCCGGCUGCAGGACGGCGCCAGCGCGCUGCCGGCGCCCGACGCCACCGGUGCGGAGGCGGUGGCGGAGCGACUGCCGCUGAGGAUAUCUUCCCCGCAGGGCGCCAGCGCGUCGUCCGUCGCCAAGUGGUCGUGCCCGACGUGCACGUACGACAACUGGCCCAAGGCGCUGAAGUGCGCCAUGUGCGGCAGCAGCAACCCCCUGGGCGCGGCGCCGGGCGGGCCGGGCGGCGCGGGCAUCAACGAGCUGAGCAGCCCCGCGUCGCUGCACUCGCUGGACAAGCGCAGCAAGCGGCGCGCGGGCCCGGACUGGGUGUGGCUGCAGGCGUGCCUGGGCGUGGUGGAGGGCUCGGCGCGCUGCGUGGACGCCUACCUGGCGCAGGGCGGCGACCCCGCCCGCGCGCUCACGCCGCAGGAGGUGGCGCUGCUCAACCGCGCCUCCGCCUUCGACGCCGGCCACACGCUCGUGCACCUCGCCAUACGGUUUCAGCGACAAGAAAUUUUGUCGACAUUACUGUCGCGGAUAUCGGGCGGCGGGCCCGGCCUCAAGAGAUCUCCUUCAUACAUCGCGCCGGACCUGGCGUCGGCGAUCCGGCGGCACAUCGCCAGCUGCGUGCGCUACAAGAAGGGCAGCUUCCCGUGCCGGUACAUCAACGAGUUCUGCACCUUCUACCUGCCAGCCGAGAUCGAGGAGCUGCCGGCGCCGAUCCAGGAGCAGCUGUUCUCGGAGCUGCUGGACCGCGACGCCAUGGCCACGCUGGAGGCCGACCCGCCGCUCAUCAACUGGAGCGCCGAGCUGCGGCGCCACGGCUCGCGCCUGUACGCGCUGUGGAACCGCUCGGCCGGCGACUGCCUGCCCGACGCCGUGUGCCAGGCGGCGUACGGCGUGGCGGACCGCGCCAACACGCUGCGGGCGGCACUCGGGGACGCGCUGGGGGCCCGGGCGCUGUACGCGCGCUGGGCGGCGUGGGAGCGCGCGCAGGCGGCGCGGCUGCAGUACGCGCCCGACGAGGCGCAGCUGCGCGCCGAGUCGCGCCUGGCGGCCGCCGCCGCGCGCCCGGGCGCCGCGCUGCACCAGCUGCACGUGUUCGCGCUGGCGCACGUGCUGCGCCGCCCCAUCCUCGUGUACGGCGUGGACGUCGUCAACUCGUUCCGCGGCGAGGCGCUGGGCUACGCGCGCUUCCGCGGCCUCUACCUGCCGCUGCUGUGCGAGCCCGACGCCUGCAGCAAGUCGCCGCUGAGCCUGGGCUACACGCGCGGCCACUUCUCCGCGCUCGUGCCGCUGCAGCCGCGCGCGCCCGCCUACAUCCGCGACGCGCGCGCCCCGCAGGCGCUGCUGCCGCUCACCGACCUGGACGGCAAGCUGCUGCCCGUGCACUUCCUCACCGGCGACGAGAUGGCGGACGCGGAGGCGGUGGUGCGGCGCUGGGUGUCGGCGUGCGUGACGGGCGGCGGCGUGCUGGCGGCGCGGCAGACGCUGCACGCGCGGCCGCUGCUGCAGGCGCAGAUGCUGGAGGAGUGGCUCAACCACUACCGGCGCCUCGCGCAGCAGACGCGCGGCCCCUUCCCGCCGCGGCUGCAGCCGGCCGCCGCCGAGUUCUCCAGCGACGCCGACACGGACGAGGAGUAGCCGCGUGUCCGCCGCUGCACCGACACCUCACGUCUCGGAAGAUUGGCGCUCUAAAUCUUUGUGACUCUGUGAUCCUCCGGUUACGAGUGUGCACGUCUGCACGAUAGUGACGUCAUUUGGGGUAAAUUCGUAAAUGUGCGAUGUUCAUUUCCUUGUCUCGCUCAGAGUGUGGGCGGUGGCACACCGGCGCCGAGCCGAUGCGAAUCAUUGUUUACUUCAAAUGUAACGUAGCCGACUGAAGUUUGUUCCCACUGCGCGCCAUAACUUUCAUACUUAUAGUAUGCACAAAAGGAAAAUUAACUUAUACAAGAAUAAGUAUAACUUAGUCUGAAUAAGUUAUAGUGCGGAAUGUCCGCAGCGCCGUGCUGUGGGAGGCCAAAUCCUGGAGUGAGUGCCGUCUGUCAGUUCGCUCGUUAUACAGCACUCUUUAUGUUUGGCGUUCAAAUUGACGGCCGCCGCCGGUUCUAGUUAAAUUUACUUAUUUUAGAUGCAAUUACUGAAUUGCAGUGGUAUAUUUUAGUGGUGUUUCAUCAUUGCCCUUUGUUCCGGUGUAGAUCUUUUUUUAUUUAUACAUUAUUCGUUUAGUAAAUAUUGUUGUGGAGAGUCGCCCAAUACGUUACCUUAGCGAUAUCGAAAUUUUACAAUCUGAACCUUGAUGGAAGGGCUCAGGGGUUUACUCUCCUUCUGGAACACUGCUGCAAACUGUAUCUACCGAUAUAGUGAAGCGCUUCAUUAUGAAUACGUUCUGAGAGGGGAUAUAAAGGCUUUACAUGUAAAUUGUUUCUACAAUGAAGCUUGUGAAUAAUAUCUACUACAGUGAAAUCAUUUCUGGGUGAGUGUUGCCCAUUUUUCCACAACAUUAUUAUGAACUUGAAGCAUGUCGAUCUGGACAUAAAAAAUAUGCAAAUAAUAAAAGAGAUAAGAGUCUAUUAAAAUUAACGACAUUGUACAGAGAGUAAUAAGGUUCUAAUAUUUAUAUUAUUAUAGAUUCUCGGUUGUAAAUAAAAAGAAAUUGGUUAAAAGUAAUAAUUAUAAUAGAUGUAUAGUUUAUUAUUCCGCUUAGUGCAUACGAAUCAUUCGUUCGCCUGUCGUUAAAACAAGGGAAAUUGCAGUAGGAUAUGGUUGCAAGAGGCGGGGUCCCGCGCGGCAGUGGCGCCGCCGCCUGCUCUCGCCGCCGCUGCCCGCGCCUGCCACUGCCGCGCGGACCCUCACCGCGCCUAAUGUCACGCAAGUCAAAACGUCAUCGUGUCGGACAAGUUCCGCGUCUCAUGCAGAUAUUACAAUCCAAUCACCACACUAAAAGUUCAUUGAAAUAACUGAAUCACGUGAGCUGCUAGAAAGCUUGCAACUAAUUACACUACUUUUGAUCUAAUACAUUAUGUUACUUUAUUUUCUUCAAAAAUCUGUAAAUAAGUCGAUAGGUACAUGUUACGAAAACGAUUUGAACUAAUUUUGUUAACAGUCACGUUACGAUUUAUUCAAAUUAAGUACCUAUACCUACUAAUUUUUAAUCAAUAAAGCACUUAUUUUAUGAAGCUGUUCGA